GACCGCGAGAGAGGGUCGAGGCUCAGGCGCGCGCGCACGCACGCACGGGCGCACAACACUCGGCGACACAGAGCUGCACGCGACGCGUUGAGUGCGCGAGGCUGCUGUCCCUAUCCGCUCGCUCGCUCACUGCUGGUGCGUCGUGAGACGAGGCGAGGUCAAAAAGUGUUUCCUCACAUUUACAGAGACUGAAAUGAUCAUUUAUAUGAGAACUUUCCUAUGAGAAUACACUUACUUAUGCUUGCAGCAAAGUUCUGGGAUGCCAACUUUACAAAUCUGUUUUGAAAACGGGCAAAAACGAGACGCACACAGAGGCCGAGGCGGCUCGCAUCAGCACCAGCGGAAACAACCAACCCGACAAAACGCAACCCACCAAAACGCCCCUUUGUGCACCCGCUUCUCUGUCAAGAUUCACUUUUUUUUGCAUUCCUCCUGGGGUCUGAAGCUGAGAGAGACAUUCCCAGCGUUUGUUGGGAUUUGCAGCAUGUUGAUGAAAUUCUCCUGCGCACUUGGCAUCUGACCCUUAAGACUAAGUCUUGGUUUGAUGGAGAAGGAAGAGUCGCGCGCGUUCUGAAAUAAACACGUGUGUCGAGUUAAAAACAAGCAACCAAACAAACAAAAACAAGAGCUCGAAAUAUUCUUCCUGCUCAGAGCUGACCACUAAAGGGCCCUCUCCAUGGAUAUAGACACAGACUAUGAAAGGCCUAAUGUGGAGACUAUAAAGUGUGUGGUGGUGGGUGAUAACGCCGUAGGCAAAACCCGUCUUAUUUGUGCUCGUGCCUGCAAUGCCACCCUCACGCAGUACCAGCUGCUCGCCACCCACGUGCCAACCGUGUGGGCCAUCGACCAGUACAGAGUGUGCCAGGAGGUGUUGGAAAGAUCUAGAGAUGUGGUGGAUGAAGUCAGUGUGUCUCUCAGGCUGUGGGAUACAUUUGGAGACCAUCACAAAGACAGACGAUUUGCUUACGGAAGGUCUGAUGUGGUGGUGCUCUGCUUCUCCUUGGCUAACCCGAACUCCCUCCGCCACGUCCGUACCAUGUGGUACCCCGAAAUUAAGCACUUCUGUCCUCGCACCCCUAUUAUUCUCGUGGGCUGUCAACUAGACCUCCGUUAUGCUGACUUAGAUGCGGUGAAUCGGGCCCGUAGGCCCCUGGCCAAACCCAUUAAACCCACUGACAUCCUUCCACCUGAACGAGGCCAUGAGGUGGCUAAAGAACUAGGUGUGCCCUACUAUGAGACCAGCAUUGUCGCUCAGUUUGGUGUCAAGGACGUCUUUGACAAUGCCAUUCGUGCAGCACUGAUCUCUCGUCGCCACCUCCAAUUCUGGAAGUCUCAUUUAAAGAAGGUUCAGCGGCCUCUUCUUCAGGCACCCUUUUUACCUCCUAGACCUCCGCGGCCUGUAGUAGGUAUCCCUGAUCCACCUCCAAUGGAUGGAGAAGGCCCAGACUCUCUCUUCUGUCAGUCCUUAUGCGCAGAUGUCCUAUUCCUUCUCCAAGGUGGUGUCACUCGUGUUUUUGCUCAUAAAGUCUAUCUAGCCACUUCCUGUUCCAAGUUCUACGACUUAUUCACUAUGGACCUAGGAUCUACAGUGGAAGACAAGGAUGGAGAUGAGACUCUGGAGGGUGGUGAGGAGGAGGAGCAAAGUCGACGAGGAGCCAAAGAGCAGGCAGGACGUGCCAAGAGCCUUGAUAUUGAUAAAGAUGUUGAUGGGGGGACCAAGGGUAGCAGGAGACUGCUUUUCCUGGAGCAGGGUUUAAUGAGGACUUCCCAAAGUGAUAAUGCCCUACCAGCCCGAGGGCAAUAUGCUAUGGGGUCUUUGGGGACUGGUCGUCCACUAUUAGGAUGGGGCCGGGGGUUUCUUGGUGUGUAUCUAGAAAAGGUGGAUGACCCAGUAACAAGUCGACCAAGACUCAUGACGGUUGUAUCCAUGGAUGAACUUAUUCAGGAGGCACCUUUCAGGGCCGUGCUGCAGUACCUGUACACAGGUCACCUAGAUGAAGGCCGGAAUGACCUGAUGCAGGUGGCCACCAUUGCAGAGCUUCUGGAGGUCUUUGAUCUGCGCAUGAUGGUGGCCAACGUGCUGAACCGUGAGAGCUUCAUGAACCAGGAAAUCACCAAAGCCUUCCAUGUGCGCCGCGCCAACCGAAUCAAAGAGUGCCUGAGCAAAGGCACCUUUGCUGAUGUGGUGUUUCAAUUGGACGAUGGAGUCCUACCUGCCCACAAGCCUCUGCUUAUCUCUAGCUGUGACUGGAUGGCAGCCAUGUUUCGUGGAUCUUUUAUGGAGAGCUACAUUGAGGAGGUGUCCAUACCCAACACCAGUACUGCCUGUAUGAGAGCUGUGCUGGAGUAUCUGUACUGUGGCUUGCUCAUGCCCUGCCCUGAGUUGGAGCCGAUUGAUCUCAUAAUACUUGCCAACCGUCUCUGCCUGCCCCGCCUUGUGGGUCUUACAGAGCAACAUGCGGUUGAAGAGCUCUUGCAGUGGGCAGUAAAAGGAGCGGACAUUGAUGGACAGGUGCUGGCUUACCUAGAAAUGGCCCAGUUCCACAAUGCCAAACAGCUUUCUGCGUGGUGCCUCCAUCACAUUUGCACCAACUACAACAGUGUAUGUCGCAAGUUCCCCAAAGACAUGAAGACUAUGUCUCCAGAGAAUCAGAAGCACUUUGAGAAGCAGCGCUGGCCCCCUGUCUGGUUCCUAAAGGAGGAAGACCGCUACAACCGUUCAAAAAAGGAGCGCGAGCGUGAAGAAGAAAUCCUCCGCAAGCAGCACACCAAACGUGGCUGGUGCUUCUGGAGACAUCCGUCCUCCUCUGCACCCCACAUUUCCUGAGGGUCCAUUCUUAUCUGGCAACCACCGCCCACACCUAAACCGCUCACCCUGUCUCGGCCUCAAGACUUGCUGAGCCUGGGAAGACCUGUGUCUGUGUCCAAUGUGUGCGUCCUCGCUGAUGGACAUUUGUCUGGGGCCACUUUGCCCCCGUUUUUUCUGCCUUCCCUUGUGAAGCCAAGUUUAAUGCCAAGCCCGAGGCAAAAAGCUGUGGCCCAUAAGAGUUCUUAGCUUAUCAUCUGAUGGGGAGAAUUUCUCACUCUGUUUCAUGUGUUUUCACUGUGUUAAUCCAGCAAGCUUGGAGGCCUUGUAGGGACAACACAUAGGGAAUGUCUUUACCUUUUAAGACUGUUAUUCUUGUGCUACAAUUCAAUGCAUCUUCACUCACCCCCUCAGUACCAAGCCUUGGCGCUGGCGCCCGAGCAUGCAUAGAGCAUGGUGCUGUGUGAUGAGCUUCUCCUAUGAAUACUAAUCCUGAGGAAAAAUAUCCAAUAUAUAUGAGCUACAAAUUUAUUGCACUUAGCACCUAAAACAGCGUCAGGGAUUUAAUAAUAACCUGCAAAGGUAAAUACAGCUUAACUGGGGUACAUGCUUUUUGCCCCAAUAAUUAAUAACUUUUGCCUGUUCUAUCGGUAAGAGAAAAAAAUUGUUUUGGAUGUUCCCCCUUAGCCCCCUUUUAGCUCUUAGAUCUACAUAUUUUCCUUUCCAGCUUUCCUCAAAGCCACUUAGUGGGUAAACACCACUCAAGGCCCUCAUUUAUCAACAUUGCUCACUAGCAAAUCUGUGCAGAAAUUGUGUUUUGGGAUUUAUCAAAACUAAUAUUUGUUUAGGUUUUUGUGUAUAUUUUUGCAUGGGAGCCCAAAACUAAAACUUGUAGAUGUGUUGUAUCAGUUGGUGUUUCAAUUCAUUUAAAUGAGGUGAACAAAAGCAAUACCUGUUUUGCCUGUUCAUGUACAUGAUUUUUGCAUACAGGCACAUUUGAUCGAGAAAUAGGGGAUGUAGCAGCUAUAUAAUUUUUUGUGGUACUUUAUUGAUUAAAAUCUAGGCUGAUUUUGAUUUACUUGCUACUUCAUGAAUGUUUAAUUACUCUUUGGAGUGAUUCUUACAUGCUAUGUUUAUGGUCAAUUGUGGGUGUCUGUAUUUAACCGAUCUGUGAAGUGCACCUGCACAGCGGCAAUGAAUGUCAUGAAUGAAUUGGUGUUCUUCAAGCUUUUUAGUGCAUAUGAUAUGCGUACUUACAUUUGACGAAUCCAAAUUUUGCUGUGUACAUGAAACCUAUUCUAUGCAUGUUGAUGCAUGAGGGCCAAGAAUGUUUAUUGCUAGCACUUAAUGUUAACUGUGGGCAGAUAAAAACACUAAAUUGUGCGAUGCUCCACACAUUAUCCUAAGUCGAUUCUAAUAAAGCACCAAAGAGAUGCUUUUGGUGUGGGGAAACAUAACAGUGAGGACUUAAUUUAGGGCUAUUUCUACCACUUCUAUGGGAGUAUUAUCAUUCUGUUGAUGAUUAGGCUGUUGCUCUGACUGCAUUUAUUUUUAUUUUUUUUACAUGCAGUUACUUUUCCAAGCCACUAGAGGCAGUUUUUUCUAUUUUAGAGUUUUGUCCUGGAGUUUUAAAAUCUACUCACUUGCAACAUAACCAAAAAUAAGGUUGCCAUGUUUUUGCCUCCUCUUCUUUGCUGAGAACUAAAUUUGCAUCCCACAAUCCUACUUGCUGUGUUCUACCUCUGCAGACAGAAAGAACUUUGGGAUUUAGACAGUGUGGUGGAAUUGUUUUUCUUUUAUUAUUAUUUGCAAAUAUAAGACCAUAGAGUUAUAUUUUCACUUUCCUGUUCAUGCAGUGAAAAUGGUGCUUGGAAUUACUAGAUAUCACACGGUGGUCGUAUUCUUUUGUCACAGUAGUUAUAUUUCACUUGCUUAUGUAAUGAAUAACUUUGUGUGACAAUCCUUGACUUAAAAAAAAAAAAAGUUGACUAAGAUAAGACACAAAGGUGUUGGCUAAAAGAUUUUUUUUUCUUUUUUCUUCUAAAAGCUUUAUGACUUUUUAUUGGAAGGUUUGUAGCAAAAAGAUGGGCUUUGUGGUAUUAUUGACAGAUUUUGCUCAUGUAGUAUUAAUGUGGUAACAUGGCACAGCUUGGUAAUUAUAACCGGUCCACUUUUGUCCCUGUAUCAAGUAUCAAGUAUUUCUCAAACACAUUGUGGUGGUGUUUUCCUGGUGAUCCUUAUUACCCUGUGCCUGUUACAAUAUCACAAAUAAUUACUAAUUAACUAAUUACACUUUGAUGUUAUUUAGGUAUUUGUUUGCUUGUUCUGUGCUAAAGUAGGCGCUAUGUUCUGAAAUCAGAGUUUCACGUGAGUGCAAUUUCUAUAAAUGUUAAAACUAAAAAAAAAAUUUUUUUUUUUUUUUGUUAGCACCUUCAGCUAUUUCUGGCUUUCAGAUUUUUCACCUCCGUGAGGCUGCACCCAGGUGCCGGUGGUAGCUAGCUGGAGACAUAUGAUGUGGAAAGACUUUUUCUCACUAGAGACAUGCUCGAAUAAUCAACAGCUACUGAAAUAGAAAUGCGAGAGAAUCUCAACAGGCUCAUGUGUGAAUGAAGCUGAUCUUCGGAAGAAAAGGAAAUAGCAAAAGACUUCAACACAAGGCGGAGCCUUUUGUGCUUAGAAAAGCUAAGAUAUUUGAGAUCAUGGAAAAAAAAGCAACUGGUUGAUCGAAAAUCAAUCUGCCUUCAGCAAAAUAGCAUGCAAAUUAAUGCUCCAGUUUACAAUUACAAUUGCUCUGAAGUCGCAGUCUCAGUACUAAGCACUUCAGUAGUAACCGAUGUUCAGACUAUCAAGUUAUUCUCAUAGGCAAAUCAAUAGUGAUUACCUCUAAAGUGGUGUAUUUCUGUUCUUGAAGGUGGUACACUGAGUUGCCUUGGUGAUUUUGGGCACUUUCUUUUGUCCCCUUACGCAUUUUCUGUCUGGAUCUGUGGUGCAUGGCUGACUGUUCCUAAACCCCAGCAUUUAAAAAAAAAACUGCAUUUUGUAGCAUGGUAAAGUUUCUUCUGUAAAAAGGACUUUUUUUUUUUUUUAGCUCCAUGCAGUUUAUGUUCCAAUGUUUGUUGGUGAAGGCAAUGAUGUCUUUGUAUAUAAUCUGUGUGCUUUAUUAUUAUAAUUAUUAAUAUUAUUAAUGCCUUUGGUAAGUUUGGGUUUUUAAGAACAGACAGGGUGGUUGGUGUUUCUGUAGUCCUGGGACAGUUUUGUGGAUUUUGUACGUAUGUUAAUAGAAACAUUAUUAUGUCUUGGGUAACUUUUUUGAGACUUUUUCAGCGGCGCUAAAAGUUUUCUAAGCCCUCAUUAACAGUGUAACAGCCUAUGCACUUUAGCUGAAAUUGUGGGGGAAAUGAACUUAUUUUCCUGAUUCUAUAGCGAUUGCCUUGAAGUUUUGCAUUGUGACUUGGCGAGUGAUGCACGUUACAGGAAAUGUGCAUGAAGAAUGGUCUCUCAGACAUGAUUGCAUGCAGUCAUGCGUACAUUUGUAUUAAGAAUCAGGUGUGCACUUUGUCAUUAGUCUGUUCUCCUGUAAGAGCCCAUAUCUGAAGGUGUGUUUCAUUCUGGGGAAACUCUACUGACUGUUUAUAUACAGUUAUAUACCACCCCACCAAUACCCCACACACACCCACACCCACACAAAAAAAAAGUUGCAAUAGUAAUGCUCCAUAGGGCUCCGUGUUGUUGUAUCCUGGCAUUGCCUGUGCCUGUGCCUUUGAUUUUUGAUUUUUUUUUUUUUUUUUUGUUCUUUCCUUUUUUUUUUUUUUUUUUAAGGAAAAAAAUGUGUUGCCUUUCUGAAGAGGGCGUCUUACUACUGCCUUUAGAUGUUGAAUAAUUGUAAAGAAAACCGUGUGUGCACGCAUAAACACACACAGGCACUUAGCCAGGCAGCUGACCACCGCAUUCCUCCUCUUACUGUCAGUGCCUGUGGACGUUAUGUAGCACAGCUAACUGUUCUCUGACCUGUCUUUAUGCUGCACCCUUCCCAUUGCUUCUAUUGUAUAAAAUGUUUCCAGCCCUCGUAGUUUUUGCUGAACGAGUGGAAAUAAUUGCUUUGGGUUAGAUCUGAUCAUGCUGGUGUGGCUGUGGGAGAGCACGUGCAGCCCACAGGGUUCACCAUAGUUGGACACUCACGCCCUCUCCAGAAAAAAAAGAGAACUACUGAAUGCAGCUUAUUAUGCAGCACACAUUUUACAGAGUGAUGGAAAGACUUGCAGAUGCUUCUUCCAAUGCUGAUGUUUCCUGUCUGAUUCAGCGACCCUGCCUCGAAUUGUUCACUAUUCUUUCUUCCAAACAUUCUUUUCUUUUUUUUGUACCUCACACUUUCUAUACGUACCUCUUCAUAAUUCUGAUGAAUUUAAUUAAUUGCAGAAUUUGAUCUUUGGGUGAAACCCACUCCUGUAUUUUCCAUGCUGUGACUUCAUAAGAAUGAGUGUCACAUGGUUGUGGUUUAGAUGCUUUAUGCAUUUCUCUUUUCAUUCAUCUUAUACAGACUGCUGUGGGGAAUCAACAAUAUGCAAAUGGGGUUAAUAUGAUCAUGACUUCGAUUAUACAGCUCUCGUCUCCAGUGGAAGUGGCCUUUAAAACUAACAUGCCAAUUCUAACACCAAUGGUAUCGUCGCCUUUAUAUACAGUGAAGAUCUCUGUCUCAAGGCCACCUCGAUGUUGGAGAGCGGUCAACAACCAAGUAGAAGCUGAUGACCAUUCUUCCUUUUUUUUUUUUUUCUCUUUAUAUGGUUUAUAUGACUAUUAUACCGUUAAGCACUUUCUGUUAAUCUUGUAAACUUUUUACUUCUUUUGAAAUUUUUUGUUUAUGUAAUGAAACAAACAAAACAAAAAAAAAAAAACGAGCACACACAACACACACUAAAAGGGCUUUUUGUAAUAUAGAAAAAGAAAUAAAGAAAGGCAACAAUCAGAAUGUUUUGCAGACAUUGCAAAAAUGUUUUAUUGAACCUUUGUAAUACUUUUUUUGAACCACUGUGAUUUGUACAAAAUGGAACAAAUAAGUAGGGGGAAAUGCCGUUUCAGUAUUCGAAUGUUUAACUCGGCUUUUAAUAAACUUUUAAGUGGAUUACAUAA